AUGCUCCCACCCAAGGUCCAAGAAGCAAGCUCCGACCUACCUUAUCGAUCGCAGUCAACUUCAGCCUCCCCAGCACCGUCAACCUCUCAACAAGCCCGCUCGUCGAGCCAGGAGCUAUUAUGGAUCUCCCGCGAAGGCCGAAGUGACGCGCGCUAUUUAACUCUAUCGCCCAGCAACGAAAAUGUGACCCCGUCGCUUGUCGCCAAGGCUGCUGCUGCGGGGCAGAUUCAACUGUAUAUCAACUUUGUACUCGAUGCGUAUCCAUGCUACUUCAAAGCUACUGAAACUCGAGUACCGAUCAAUUGGGUGGAAUAUGUCGCCGGGAGAGAGAGCGGCAGCACGCCAUUCGAUCUGGCCGUCCGCAGCAUAACCACCAUGUAUGCCGGCAGUCGACAUAAUGACCCCUACUACGCCGAUGUAGGUCGAGAGUUUUACAUCCGUGCGAUACGCGGUCUUUCGGCCGUGUUGAAGGAUGAAUCCAAGGCCAAAUCGGAUGAAGCAUUAGCCACCGUCAUCACUCUUGCGGUAUAUGAGAUGCAUUGCUGUACCACAUCAGAUGGUUGGAUCCAUCAUGCUGCAGGUAUCCGAGCGUUGAUGCGGCUUCGAGGGCCCAAAGCACACUACAGCGGGUUUGGCUGUGCAUUGUACAUUGCAUAUCGCAACACCCUCGUCACGUCAGCACUAGUCAGCGGUGAGGACUGUUUCUUAGAGGAACCCGAGUGGCAGGCUCUCAACGAGCAUAUCGCUGCAGAGAAUGCCAAGCAACCCGAUUCCUCUGUGUAUACGGACAUCACCGAGCGCGCAUUCCGUGAAGUUGUUAAGCUUCCUGGAUUUGUAAGACGAAUGCGUGACAUCCAAGGUCUCCCAUUAGGUGUCCAGAAACGUGAGCGCCCUACACUUCUACGGGAGAUCCUCGCCACGCGCGCCUCCCUACGGGGCAUUCACACCGAGUUCAGCAUGACAGCCUCGACACUCCGAGCAGGUCGUGAACCGAAAACCGGGUUCAUCGGACCGAUCCCAUAUCACUUCUUCGACGGAUUCUCAACCCUGACCAUGCAGGGUAUUCGAUCGAGUAUUCUCCUCCUCAACUAUGUUAUUAUCCUCCUCGACCCGUCACAGCGGCCAGACGCCGAAGCAGAGAACCGGAUCAUCGCAGAUCGAAUGCGAGCUGCGAGGGGUUCUCGAUCUGCCGAUAGCCACGAUGGGUCAUCUUCUCCUUUAACACCGCCAGGGUCACCGGGACGACCUCGGUUGAUGAUCGAGUCCCGAGUGACUCCAGAGACACGCCAGCCUCCAACUACCGACUGGAUGGAUCGCAUCGCCACAACCAUGGGCAUGGAAGGCGUGCGAAUUAGUCUUGUCGAUGAUGGUUAG